GCUUCAGGUGUGCACUCACCAUGGCUGGCUGGGAGAUCCUCUGCUUCACCUUCUGCACCUGCCUUGGCACAGCAUGGGCUGCAACUCUGGGAGUGGUGUACACCGAGGGUGGUUUUGUGGAAGGUGAGAGUAAAAAACUGGGACUCUUUGGGGAAUAUGUCGACAUCUUCAAAGGGAUCCCCUUUGCUGCCCCUCCAAAGCCUUUGGAAGACCCUGAACCUCAUCCUGGCUGGGAAGGAACACUGAAGGCAAAAAAUUUCAGAAGUCGCUGCAUGCAGGUGACUCUGACACAAAGUGCUGUCCGUGGGGCAGAGGACUGCCUCUACCUGAACAUCUGGAUCCCCCAGGGGAGGAGAGAGGUCUCUACCAACCUGCCAGUGAUGAUCUUUAUCUACGGUGGAGCUUUCUUCCUCGGAGGGAGCCAGGGAGCCAAUUUCCUCAAUAAUUACCUCUAUGAUGGGGAGGAGAUCGCCGUGAGGGGCAACGUGAUUGUGGUGACCAUCAACUACCGCUUGGGGCCUCUGGGCUUCCUGAGCACGGGAGAUGCCAACAUGCCAGGGAACUAUGGGCUGAAGGACCAGCGCAUGGCUAUUGCCUGGGUGAAGAGGAAUAUCAAGGCCUUUGGGGGUGACCCAGAAAACAUCACCAUCUUUGGGGAAUCAGCUGGUGCUGUCAGUGUCUCCCUGCAGACACUGACCCCAAAGAACAAGGGUCUGUUCAAGAGGGCCAUCAGCCAGAGUGGUGUUGGGCUCUGCAGCUGGGCCAUCCAGAAGGACCCACUCACCUGGGCUAAAAAGCUUGGAGAAAAAGUGGGCUGUUUCAGCACCAACACCUCUGCUUUGGCUCAGUGCCUGCGCAACGCUGACCCCGAAGUCCUGACCCUGGCCUACCACCUGCAGCUCACCAACCUGCCCAUUCCCCUGGUUCACACUCUUGCCCUCACUCCUGUCAUUGAUGGAGACUUCCUCCCAGACAUGCCAGAGAACCUCUUUGCCAAUGCUGCUGACAUUGACUACAUUGCUGGGGUCAAUGACAUGGAUGGACACCUCUUUGCUGGCUUUGACCUGCCUGCUAUCAACCGACCCUUUGGGAAAGUCUCUGUGGACCAAGUCUACAAUUUGAUCAAAGGACUGACCGUGGACAGGGGGGAGCGUGGGGCCAAUAUCACAUAUGAUGCCUACACAGAGGAGUGGGGUGACAAGCCAGGCCAGGAGGUCAUUAAGAGGACAGUGGUGAACCUGAUUACUGACUAUAUCUUCCUGAUCCCCACACAGUGGGCACUAAAUCUGCACCUGCAGAAUGCCCGGAAUGCCAGCACAUACAGCUAUGUGUUCUCCCAGCCAUCCCGAAUGCCCCUCUACCCAAAAUGGAUGGGAGCAGACCAUGCUGAUGACCUGCAGUAUGUCUUUGGGAAACCCUUUGCCACACCCCUGGGCUAUCUGCCCAAGCACAGGACUGUCUCACGUGCCAUGAUUGCUUACUGGACCAAUUUUGCCAGGACAGGUGAUCCCAACAAAGGGAAUUCAAAGGUGCCUGUUACCUGGCCACCCUACAGCAACAAGGGCACUUACUACCUGGAAAUCAACAACAAGAUGAACAAGAACUCUGUGAAGCAGGACCUGAGAGCCCAUUUUGUGGAAUUCUGGAACUCAGACUACCUGAAGCUGCCACAGGUUGCCAACAUCUCCCUGGCCGAGGAACUCCUGUAGAACCAAGAAAAAAAAACCACCACCUUGUAAUGAUGGGUCCAGUUCAUUAAAGGUUUGCUUGUAACCAA